CGCGGCGCUUCACCGAAGUUAUUGACAUCCAGCAGGUUAUUAUAUUUUCUACUACACUAGAAAGCAGCUGGCGCGAAGUUUUCCGGAAGUAUCCAGAAUAAAUAAUGUUAGAGAUAUAUUAAAGUCGUCAAACAUGUCGGAUAGUGUUCGAUACUGUGCGAGGUGCUCGUACCUUCUUCUGAAGUUUGCUUUAGUGGCGUAUGCUACGGUUUUCUGGCUAAUAGGUGGUUUCAUCUUGGCCAUUGGCAUUUAUGCUGAGGUGGAGAGGCAGCGCUACAAAACUCUGGACGGGGUCUUCCUCGCCCCAGCAAUCCUCCUCAUCUUGCUGGGGAUUGUCAUGUUUAUCGUCUCGUUCAUUGGUGUACUGGCGUCACUGCGAGACAACUUGACUCUCCUCAAAGUGUUCCUCUACACAUUGGCAGUCUGUCUGAUCUUGGAGCUCCUGGGUGGAAUUGUGGCUCUGCUAUUCAGGAACCGAACAGUGGACAUUCUUAACAAAAAUGUCCGUAAAGGCAUGGAGAAUUACUACGACGAUCUAGACUUCAAAAACAUCAUGGACUUUGUUCAAAGGAAGUUCAAAUGCUGUGGUGGUGAGGAUUGGAAGCAGUGGACGGUGAAUAUGUACCACAACUGCUCAGCCCCUGGACCUCUGGCCUGUGGAGUGCCUUAUACAUGCUGUGUGACCAAGCCUAAUGAAGUUACAAACACGUUGUGUGGGUACAAAGCCAUAGAUAAAGAGAGAGUACAACUUACAGACACCAUUAACGCGCGAGGAUGCACUGAUGCUGUCUUCAUCUGGUUAAUGGAUAACUACAAGAUCAUGGCUGGACUCCUACUUGGAAUUUUAUUUCCUCAGUUCUUUGGUGUGAUUGUGACCUGGCUGUACAUCACUCGUGUAGAAGAUGCCAUCGAGGAGUACGGGAACUAUCAGGACAGCCUGAUCACUAGCAAGAAACAGAACAAGCUGGCAAAGUGCUGUAAAUGCAUGCCUCUGUUUGACUAAGUGAGCUUAGACCUUGGAGACCCUUGAACCUAAGAGCUUGAGGGUAAAGUACAUGAUCUUAUUCACCAUGAACCACAUGGGUGUUUCUCACUCAUUAAAGUGUUCUUUUACAGGUUGUAUUACUGCUGAUUUUAGACAGUCCUCAGGAAUCUUCGAGCCACCAGUAUAUUUUAUUUUACUGUUUCUCAAAGUCUUAAAGGUAAAACUGAAACAAUCUAUUUUGUUGUCAUAAUGUGCAGCUCUGGUAUAAUUCAUACAUGAUGUCAUAAUUGCACUGGACAAAUACAACUCACGUCAGUUUUAGAAGUAGAUAAUGAUACAGAAUCAUUUUUUAAAAAAUAUUUUUAUGAUCGAUACAUGUUUUAAAAUGAAACACCGUAUAUUUGGACAACUUAGAUUUUUUUUUUUUUUACUUAUUUACUCGACAUUUUUACUUAUUAGCUCGACAGUCAUCAGCUUUAAGAUGUUACAGAGAGCCAAACCCCGGAAUUGUGAAGUCUCUGUAAUAUAUCUUAAAUUUUUUUUUAAUAUGUUUUAAAAACACAGCAAAUUGUGCUGUUUAAUUGAAGGGAUGUCAAAUGUUUGCUUCUCGUUUUAUUAAAAUUUUUUUUUUUAUGCACUCUUGUACUGUAAGCUGUGUAUCUUGCUUUAACCACUUUCUAAAGCAUUCAUUUUAAAAAAUUCUAAAAAAUGCAUUAGCUGCAGAAACACUUUCCUCACUCGAUCGUGUUGCACAAUCGAUGUGAAUGUGCACGUUACGUCUAAUCUACAGUAGAUAUGUCACUUAUGUCGCGAAGGUCCAAUAAAAAACAAAAUCAGAAUUGUGUAAUGAAGCUGCACAUGUGAACGCAGCUUUGUGUCAUUUUCUGAAUGUGAACAUCAGGCUUUAAGUAAGUUGUCGAUAGUCAGUUAUGUGCCAUAGAAAACGUGCCUAAAUCUAAUCAGUUCAGCUUGUAAUCAGUUACUUAUCAUCAUCCUGUCCACAAGACUUCAGUAACAUUCCCUCUUUUUCACUUUCAUAGGCUUGGAACCAGAGUUUAAAAGCGUUGUGACUCUAUAUGGGAUUGAGGUUUAUGCCAAAGAGAAACAUUUCUGUUUCAUGUAGAUUUCAGACAAUCACAAAGGAUUUCUUAGACCCUCAUGCAUAUUAAUGAUCCUGAUUAUACACCUUUAAUGUAUCUGAAUGUUAAAUAUAAUUAGCCUUGACCUUUUUUAACUCCCUGGACCCGGUGUAUUUGGCACGAUUCACAUCGCUUAUAGAUAUUUGGUUCUUGUAAACAUCAUUUCCAAUCUCUCUCCAGUUCUUUUCAGAGCCAUGAGAUUAAUACAGCUCUGAGCAAAUGUUUAAACCUGCAUGAUUACUCGCUCUCGAUCACCCGAGCACCUGCUGUGACUUUCCCAAUACAAACGCCACCUUAAUCUUUGUAUUUUGAUGAAUUUGACAGAUUUGGAAGGUAGAAUAUAAUGAGCAGUUUUCAAAACAACAAGCUAUAGUGACAUGCAGCUUAAUGAGCGUCAGUUUGCUGCUGUUUCAUUCCUACUGUAAUGAUAGUUUAAUGAAAUGUGUCGCUCGUGUCAGAUUUUGGGGUUCAGUCGGAUUUUUUUAUUAUAAUUUGAGUCUUUUAAUGAAAGGUUUUCAGAAUUCUUUUACACACGGGAAACAAGAUUUAAAAAUAAAACAGAGUAAUUACAGAUUUCAAUUCUUUAUUCCAUAAAUUAUAUGUAUUUUGUGGGUAGUCGGUUUGUGGGUGUAUGAACUUAUAAAACAUUUUAUUUCCUUUCUAUUUUCUAUUUUUCUGUUGAUUUAAUUCUGAUUUUUCAACUCUUUUAAUCUAGCUGAAAAUAAAGCUUUGUGUGUUUUUCCCUAUAUUUAAUAUGAUGAAUAAAUAAAAACAAGCUGUGUGUUAGAUUUGAAUUUUUUCUAUCCUACAUCAUACCACUGCUGAAUCCUGAAAUUUCAUCGGUCACAAGGUGUUUCAUUUUCAGUAACGUCAUAGUUUUUUCAUAGUAGUAAUUAGGUUUAUCACUGUUUAUUCCUGCUAUGAUGUAUGUGAUGGCAAAAUAUAACUUGUUUACAGACCUUCCACUACAUUAAAUGUAAUAAUAAAUCAAAAAGUAUGA